AUGGAUACGAAAAGAGUAAAAGAGCAUGAUGGAACAAGGCAAUUAGAGUCCAUCCUGUCUAUUGAUCGAAUAUCUGAGUUACCUGAUGCUGUUGCUCUUCACAUAUUAUCCUUUAUUCCCACCAUUUUUGUGGUUCGGAUGAGUGUCGUUUCCAAGCGAUGGAGACACAUGUGGACUUUGAUUCAUGUGUUGAACUUUUACGAUAGAAGGGAUCUUGAUUAUCUUAGAAAACCCAACUAUAACAGGGACCGGAACAAGUUCUUUAAGCUUGUAAGCAAGUGUUUGAAACACCCUUUUGAAGGUACAACCAUUACUAAAUUCAAGCUUCACGUAGAUUUCUAUGGAGGUCAUCAUCGAAUCGAUGUUUGGUUAAGAUUUCCAUUACGAAAAAAAGUAAAGGAACUAGACAUUAAUGUCAGCCCAACAACGUCUAGAUACAGCACCUUACCAUGUGAUUUACUCAGUCUAACGACAUUAACUGUCCUCAAGCUGUGUGGCUUAUAUUUGAAGAUCGGCUCUCCAAUAGUAAGCCUUCCAUCUUUGCUUGUGAUGGAAUUCACAGAUAUCGUAACGAAUGAUCAAACUUUGAACAAUCUACUACUGGGAUGCCCUUGUAUCGAGAAGCUUAAGUUAAACUGUCAUGGUUUGCAACAACCUCAAGUUUUAAGUUCGAAUCUAAAAUCCCUGGAAUUCUUUCAAGGGGGUGUUCAGACAGUGAAAGUUGAAGCUAAGAAUCUCCAUUCCUUUGUAUACUACGGAUACAAUGGCAGUUGCAAUAUCAAUCUCAUUCGCUGUGCGUCGAUUAGAAAUCUCAAGUUUUCUAAUGCUUGGUUAUUGACUGAUCAAUGGUUUGAACAUUUGAUUCCUCAACUUUCUCAUCUAGAGAGUUUGAGAUUACAUGGUUGUUAUGGGGAAUAUAUCAAAAUCAUUAAUCAACAGUUGAAGGACCUAUAUAUUAAGGACUCUGGUAUGCGUUUUGAGUUGCUGGAGGCUACAAUUGAUACCCCAAAUUUAGUUUCCUUUCACUAUGAUGGUAGUUCACUGCGUAAAAUCUCCAUCAAUGCGCCAGGUUUAGUUUCCUUUCGCUACUCUAGCGAGUUAAUGAGUCUAAUUUCCUUGAAUGCAUCAAAUCUGUUGAAUGCUGAUAUUGUACUUCGUGGAGGCCUUGAGAAAAAGACUUUUGAUGUGAAGUGGUACGCUAGUUUGAUAGAUUUUCUUUCAGAACUCAAUGGUACAAAGAAAAUGACCAUAUUUUCUGGCUAUGAAAGGGCUGUCAUAAUUCCAAAUGAGUUAAGAGCUGCCUGCGCUUCUCCUUUGCCUGAUGUGAAGCAUUUGAUGUACAGCUAUGGAGAAUUGCAGUACUGCUCUAGAGAAUUUCAACAGUUUGAACCAAAAAACAACAAUGGAUAA